AUGCCGAAGUUGUCGAGCCGAGAGCGGGCCACGCUCGCCUUCCGCACAGCCCUGGCGGUGCUGUUCGUGGCCGCCGCUGGAUGGCUGGUGAUCCGGCCUUUGGGUUUGCCUCAGAUGUCGACCACGGGGCUGGCAGUGAUUUUGGCUUUCCUGGCACCGGCAGCUCGACGCGGAGACAGCUGUGCAGCUGGCCUUAUGUGGGUGAUGUCUACCAUCCUGUUAUUCCCACUUGGGGUUGCAACUUUCUAUUUGUGCUUUCUCGUGGGUGGCAUGCAGUGGCGGCCCUGGCUGGUGUGCAUAAGCAUGGGCCUCACUUCAAGCCUUGUCGUGAUCUGGGCAGCAGUGGCUGCUGAGUUGCAAGCGCCGAAGCCACUACUAGCAGGGAAUGCAGCAGCUGUUGUGGUGGCACUGCUGAUGAAUGUCAUCGCUUUAAGCCCUGCAUCACAAGAGCAGAUGCUCAUGCUCGGCGCAGGCAUGUGCGCGUCGCUCUUGGUCGGAACGCUGAGCGGGGUGGCUGUUAGCUACUUCCCCUGUGGAUUGGGUGCGACACCCGCGCAGGAGCAGGUGCCAUCGUUGACUGCUGCAAAGCUUUCAGCCUUGGCAGAGAUGUUUGAGGCCACCGCGAUCUUUCGGCUGCCGACCCCUGCUGCCCUGCAGCGUCAUCGCCAGUGCCGUCUGAGGCUCUUGGCCUCCGGAGAGCAGCUGGCGGCCGCCAUGAAAUCCGCAAACUUUGAGGCGACAGAGCUCAGGAUCCUGAAGAAAGAAAGCGAGGAUGAAGAGGACCCUUCGAAAGUGCUAAUGCGACUGGCAGAGAGGUGCCGCCUAUCUCUGCAGAUGAAGUCGAGCAUGCUGUGCGCUGGCUUGGGCAACGUAACCUUGGAUACUUUCUACCGAGGAGAAAUGGGGGAGCGGUUUCGUGACGUGUGCUUUGCCUCUGCUCACGCUCUUCGAGCGGCAGCGGCGACACUGAGUUCGCUUUCCAGUAAGUCCGAUGAUGCCUUCCUCACUUCAGCAUCCUGGAUGGGUGCCGAUCUGGCGACGAAGGAGGACUGCAGGGAGGUGGCCCAGCAGUGUCGCAAGAGUCUCAACCACUACAUGGAGGGCCAGCUUUCGGCGUCGCACGACCCCCAGUGGAGGAGCAAUGCGGAGGAGGCACUCCGGCAGCAACUGCAGCAACUGUCUUACUCGGCCCGUUCCAUCGACAUUGAUGACAUUGACGACAUCAACGAGAUCUCCUUUAUGGGCCUCGUCGACCUGUAUUUGAAAGGGGCUCAUCACUUGGAUUCUGCAGAUUCUUUUGAGGCAGCUCUCGUGGCUGGCUUUGACGAGGCUUGCCGACACGGCUGCUGCGUCCUGGGGGUGAAGGCCGCUGCGGAGGCUGCCGCCGCCUGCACGGAGCUGAUCGCGACGCGCCUCUCCGAGCCGGAGGACUGUCCCCCCUGGCGGCUCUGUGCUUUGGUUGGGCCGAGCUUCAGCGGAACCCGAAGCUGGCUACGGGUGCCGUGUGCUGGAAGAGAAGCUUGGAGAAAAGGCUUUGCGAAGGGCCGGUCCCAUGCGCUGCGCCUCGGCAUCGCGGUGAUGCUGACAGGCUUCUUCGUGACCUACGUGCUGAAGCGCUUGGAGAAGAAUGACAACGGUCUCUGGACAUUGCUGACGGUGGCUAUGGGCAUCAUGCCAAUGGAAGGAGCUUCCUUGCUACGGGGCCUGCGGCGUAUGGUAGGCACGGCUGUGGGCUCCGCUCUCGCGCUGGCAUCUGUGGCCGCCGUGGGGUCCUGGCCCUUCUUCCCAGAGCUGACGCCUCACGUCUGCUUGCUGGCACUUCUCAUGAAGUUCUACGAGCCCGAGCUGCAGUUUGCCGGCGCCAUCACGUUCGUCACCUACUUGGUCGUGCUCCUGACCUUGAUCGAUUCCGAGAAGACGGAGCCAGACGGCGCGCCAGUGAUGCCAGUUGCAGAGUCCACCGCCCUGCGGCGCUGUGUGGAUGUCGCCGCCGGCGUGGUGCUGGCCAUGGUGGCCAAUGUCUUCAUUGCGCCGGACAGGGCGGUGGACCAGCUCCGCAUGCGUGAGGCGACGGCCAUGCGGACUGCGGCCGAAGCGAUCAAGGAAGCCGGCAGAGCGCUUUGGGCCAAAGGUGCCCGGAAAGAGCACGCCGUAACAUUGGAGAAAUGGGAGCAGUUGAAGCAAGACACCUGGAAGUCCGUCGAGGAUUUCCAGUUUGCAGGAGAUGGGCACCCCGGUAAGGGAGACUUGCUCGAAGAGGCGCUCUGGGAGAGCCGCUGGGGCGUGGAUGCCGGCUUCCUGAUUCUAGGGAAGAGUCUAUGGAUUCCGGGUUGGGCGCCUUCUGUGCCUGGGCGCCGUUGCAUCAACGCGGUGAUCGCGGUGUCGCGGCUCAUGCGGAUCACCAACAUGCUCUGCCAUGUCCUGGAGCCGGGCUUGGAGGAGGGUGCGCAUCGGCCCUUGGAGGAUGAGCGCUUAGUGUCGGCUUUGGGAAACGAGGCCUCGGAUUUGGCCGCAUUGCUGGACCGGGCGGUGGAGCGCAUCGCAGCACGCCUGGCGCCCGAGGGCUGUGGGGAGGCCAAAGCAGCCAAGUGGCCCCACAAGGAGCUGGAACAGCUGGAGCAACGCUUGGAGCAGGUCUUUCUUGGGGCAGCCUCUGCCAGGCAGCGGAAUGGUGGGCUCGUGGGGGAGUCCCAAAAGCUCGGUGGCCUUAGAGCCGCAGCAGCCUUGAAGCUCAUGCAUGGGGCGGUCGACACUUUCAUCACAGUCGCCAAGCAUCUGGAAGGCAGCAUCCAUGAAGACAAGCACUCCCUGCGCGUGGCGCUGAGCAAGCACGCAGACAAGUCGGAGUCGGAGUCGGAGUCAAGCGGCUCAAGUGAUGAGCAACUUUGCUAA